GGCUCCUCCCCGCUGGCAAGACUCCUGCCCCUUGACCCGGGCGCGGGCCGGAGGCGGGUCUAUAAGGGGAGUUAGGCUUGACGGUCCCCGCUCCACUCUGCCGCAGCCAUGCACCGGAUGUGCGCUAACUACCGCCUGCAGAUAGUGCUGGGACACCUUGAGGGUCCGGGAGCCAAGGCCCUGGGAGCUCACCCCACCUCAGGGACUGCGUCCCCGGCCGGUGUCCAGCUUCAGCAGUUCCAAUAUACUUUGGAUAAUGACAUCCUCACAUUGGAGCAGAGAAAAUUUUAUGAAGAUAACGGAUUUCUUGUCAUUAAAAAACUGGUAUCUGAUGCUGAUAUUCAACGCUUUCGGGAUGAGUUUGAGAAGAUCUGCAGAAAGGAGGUGGAACCCCCAGGAAUACAGAUAAUGAGAGAUGUGAGCAUUUUGAAGUCAGAACACACUGUAAGUGAGAAGGUGGUUUCCAAGGUGCAGGAUUUCCAAGAAGAUGAAGAGCUCUUUAGAUACUGCACUCUCCCCCAGAUUCUGAAAUAUGUGGAGUGCUUUACUGGACCUAAUAUUAUGGCUAUGCACACAAUGCUGAUAAACAAACCUCCAGAUACUGGCAAGAAGACAUCACGGCACCCGAUGCACCAGGAUCUGCACUAUUUCUCCUUUCGGCCCAGCGAUCGCAUUGUGGCUGCUUGGACUGCGAUGGAGCACAUUGACCGGAGCAAUGGCUGUCUGGUCGUGCUUCCAGGCUCCCACAAAAGCUCCCUGAAGCCACAUGGCUACCCUGAGUGGGAGGGUGGAGUGAACAUAGUGUUCCACGGUAUCCAGGACUAUCAGAAGGACAAUGCCCGCGUGCACCUCAUAAUGGACAAGGGAGACACAGUUUUCUUUCACCCUUUGCUCAUCCACGGAUCUGGGCGGAACAGAACUCAAGGAUUCAGGAAAGCAAUUUCCUGCCAUUUUGCCAGUUCCAGCUGCCACUACAUCGACGUGAAGGGUACCAAUCAAGAAAACGUUGAGAAGGAAGUGAUGAAAAUAUUUAAUAAAAUGGGCCUAACUGAUGUCAGUCUAAAGGAUUUUUGGAAGUUUCGAGCCCGGCUUGUGAAAGGAGAACGAAUUAACCUUUGAAAUAGCCCCUCGUUACAGUGCAUUUCAAGGUCAGGGGACCCAAGAUCCAGCUCAGCAGCACAGCACUUGGGAAGCAUGAAGUUAAGUUCAAAACAAAACAACAACAACAACAACAACAAAGAAGAAAUCAAAAUGAAACAAGGAGUCUAAAAAAAGUGUUCUUAUUGGAGUGGUGCAAUCUUUUCUGUCACUUUUUAACAAAGGCAAGAAAUAUGUAUCGGAGCCUCGAUUUUAUAGUAUUAAUUUUGCAGUAGGGUGCUGUUGCUUUAAUGGAAGUAAAAAUAUGAAAGUAAAAUACUGUUUUAAGAACAAAUUUGUGUUUAUAGAUAAUAAAGUGAUAGUGUAUAAUUUAAA